UCCACUGGCGUUUUUUUUCCCCCAGCAGGGUUUAUAAAAAAAAAUAUCUCUCACUGAACUGCAACUUUAUUCUUAACAUCUUGUAGAUUUCUUUUUAAGCGGUGGCCCUUAAACGCCCCUCAUGCUAGUGUACCACCUACAGUGGUGUAGAUGUUUGAAACUGAGCCCUGUAGCCGAAGAUAACCGAACGUCUCCGAAUGGUUACGAAAUCCUAAAAGUCCCGUUUCCGCUUCAAGAUGGCGGCGUCGCGCAAGCCACUGAUGCAUAGUGUAAGCCAACAAUUACACAUUGUCGCUUUUUUUCCCCUCUGUUUGUACCAUGCUGUUUAUUUACAAAUCUAGCUAAUUGGUCUUGUUUUACGCUGUCAAAAAAAUGAAGUAUAACACUUGUUUAGUUAGCCUGCUAGCAUUUAAAUAUCCAUAUAACACUUGUCUACUUUGCUAUACCUAGUUAGUCAUAUCUAAAGAGGAAGAAAAAAUAAAUGAAUAAUUAUACCGUGCUAAAGAAUUAAGUAUAUAACUUUUGGAGACUGUUUGCACUUUGCAGUGUCUUUACGAGAUUAGAAUAUACAGUGAUGUUACUGGAAACAGGUUAGCAUUGCUAACUUUCGUGGGUUCAAUCCCAAACGGCACUAAUACUACUUACUACACAGCGCAUGAAAAAUUAGCUUCUGCGCCCUUUCUAGUGCACUACAUGUCCCUUAUGUGACGAUUUGGGAUUUAGACACUAUACGUUUACUUGGCUAAACUGACCGACAUAGAAGUCCUAAAAUUAUAUAAACUGAUAAACUAGUGGCCUUCAGCGGUGAGUUAGUAGGAUGUUAAAGGUACAGAAUGUUCUCAGAACUCAUAAAUCAGUGAACAUGAGCAAUAUGGAGGUGUUUGAGAAGGUUCUGGAUGUUAUUACACAUGUACUGUAUAGCACAAAUCUGGUAAAUCUGUCAAGUAGAGGUCGAGCGAUUAGUGGUUUUAACCGAUAAUUAAGUUGGGCAGGACUUACCUGCCGAUAAUCGAUUAAUCAACCGAUUCCCAAAUCGAUUCUGAAUGAAAACAUAACACUCAAAGGAAAGCAACUGCAUUACAAAACUACACCGUACUGAGUUUACCAUGAAAACGUACUGUACUUUUAAAAAAUGAAAUCAAUAUAUGAAUAUUAAUAUAUAUUAAGUACACCGCCUGGCCAAAGAAAAGUCGCUCACGCUCAAAUUUCGUCGCACCAUCUUUAGCUCUGAUUACAGCGCAUGUUCAUCGUGGCAUUGUUUUUUGCCCGAGAUCUUGUUUUGAGGCCGGGAGAGUCGAACCGCUCCAUGAAGUCUUCUCCAGCAUGUCCCAAACACUUUCGAUGGGGUUAAGGUCAGGACUCUGUGGUGGCCAAUUCAGCACCAGAGCUGGACAGAUGACCUGCCCCUGUGCCAGCUGUGUGGUGUGGGCACAGCCCCAAACUGUGUGUACAGCCCUGAUGGCAAAAGCAACCAAAUGCACCCUAACGAGGACGGCCACUUCCGCUUCAUUACCGAUGGUUGUUUCCUGUAUGGGGUGUUUAAUGGUUACGACGGCUGCCGAGUGGCCAAUUUUGUGUCUCAGUGUCUGACUGCAGAGCUUCUACUCGGCCAGCUCAACUCUAACCACUCUGACGCAGAUGUCCGUCGCAUCCUCACACAGGCUUUUGAUGUAGUGGAGAAGAGUUACUUUGAGACCAUCGAUGACGCACUGGCAGAAAAGGCCAACCUUCAAGCACAACUCCCAGAGGGGGCGAUGUUUCACCAGCUGUCUCCUCAGAGUCAAAAAAUUGCAGAGAGGCUGAAGAAUCUGGAGCAGGAGGUGUCUGGAGGAGCCACAGCUGUAGUCGCUCUCAUUCUCAACAACAAGCUGUACAUCGCUAAUGUGGGCACCAAUCGAGCUCUGCUGUGCAAGUACACCAGUGACCGUCAGAAUCAGGUGAUUCAGAUUGGACGAGCCCACACAACCGAUAACGAAGAUGAGCUGGGCAGACUGGCUCAGCUAGGUCUGGACCCAAAUAGGCUCAGACAGACGGGGAUAAUCGCAGGCCAGAGCAGUCUGAGGCGGAUAGGAGACUACAAGGUGAAAUUCAACUACACAGACAUCGAUGUCCUGAGUGCGGCCAAGAGUAAGCCAAUCAUCGCAGAGCCCGAGAUUCACGGCGGCCAGUCAUUGGAUGGAGUCACAGGCUUCCUGUUGCUGAUGUCAGAGGGGCUCAUUAAGGCCCUCGAGGCAGCCCAUGGACCUGAGCAGGCCAAUCAGGAGAUGGUUGCCAUGGUGUCGGCGGAGUUGGCCCAACAGGGCAACGUGGAGGUGGUGGCCCAGUCGGUGGUGGAGCGCGUGAAGCGGCUGCAUCAUGACGCCUACGCCAGACAGAGAGCGGUGCAGUGUUCACGCCACGAGGACAUGACCCUGCUCAUUCGCACCAUUAAUUACCCUCUAUCAGACGGCUCACUUACUCCAACACAAGGUGGGCGUAUCUACCCGGUGUCUGUGCCCUAUUCGAACAACCAGAGCACCAGUAAGACGAGCGUGACCCUGUCUUUGGUCAUGCCAGCCCAGGGAACACUCACCAAUGGGACCAACACGGCUUCCACACUGGAAGGAGGCACCCCCACGCCUGGGCAAAGUCCCACGGCUACGCUUCAGUCCAACACACACACGCAGAGUUCCAGCUCUAGCUCGGGCGACGGGAGCCUCUUCAGACAGCGUGCGAGCCAGGCGGCACAGCCAGACGAGACGGGCCGCGUUCCGCCCUACGUCGACUUCACCCAGUUCUAUCAGAUGUGGGGCACGGAGCACAGCGAGGGAGCAAGAGGUCCAGGACCUCAGUGAGGGCUCGACAGAGGACAGAUCGAGAAUGAGGUAGCUUCCAGCAGUACUGACAAUGGAUUGUAAUGGCAUGCAGUUACACCACUUGCCAAUUUGCUGCCUUCUGUAUGGACUUUAUUAAGGCCAAAGUGUUUAAUAGCCUCAUUCUCCAGAUAAUAGCCUGGAUUCGCAGUGUCUGCCUUUUCCGUUUGGUGCAGGAGCAUUGUUCAAUUACAGGUCAGUUUCCAUUGGGCGACGAAAUGCGAAAUUUAAUAUUAUUAUUAUUGUUAUUAAUGCUCUGAUAUGUCUCUUUUUAUAUUAUAGUUUACCCCUGCUGAUCAGAGCUAAUCAGUUCAAAUUUCAUAAAAUAUCAUCAUGAUACUGUUGAAGUUAUAGAGGGUAUUAUAGAUCAACGUAUCAUGACUACCAGGGAAACAACACAGCAUUAUACAAUUCAGUGACAGGGUGAGUCAUAAACCGUACAAACUAGUUGGCAACAAUAUCACACCACGAUUCUUAGUUCUUACUCUCACAGUGUAAGUGAAAGAAAUAUGGCUGUUUUACAAUAAAAAUCUGAUUUUAUUAAAAGUAAAAGUAAGCUGUUGGUAACAUCAAAAAUUGGAUUCAGCAUCCAAACAUAUGGAACAUAAAAUUCUGGUACUGGGGGUGACAGUGGAAUUACUCCACGUCAUACUAUAUACACAAAACAUUGAGAAAGUGUAGCUUAACCUAUUUCAUUGUGAUAGCAAUACUAAAUUGUUGCAUCACCCAGCUCAAAACUGUGACACAUGGACACUGCUCUUUGAGCUGCUUUGUUUUACGGUGUGUGGGUUAAAGUCGUAGUCCAGAUGCUGGAAAUCUGCAUGCUAAUAUCGCACACCGGGUUGCGUUCUUUCACCGACUCCUAGUAGCUGACGA